AUGCUCAUCGACACGGAAAUCACAGCUCUUCGGGCUUAUGGCAUCGAUAAGGUACGAUAAAUCAUAGUUUCAAAACGACUUAUUUUUUUAUUUUUUUAAGUUAUAAAAAUUGGGAGGUUGAUUUUAUUUUUUUCAUUCUAAUCAGUCUUAUUAGGUUGGUCCAACGAAAAAGCUCUGUCAAAAAGGGUGUGAAAAGCCAUUCAUAAAACGCGGAAAACGUUUCUCAUUUAUUUAGUAAUCACUUCAGUGGCUUCAAAGAACUUAAGGGAUCACUAUGAUCACUCACAAGCUUUGCGUUACUACUCUAACCUUGGUAAAGUGAACCGGACAUUUCUGAGCAUUUUAGUGAGCAUUUUAGCCGCGUCAGAACUCUUGAGUGUUGGAGCGAACUCUGUAGCCUCGAAAAGAAGAAAAUGAUUUUUCUCAUCUCUACAGUACCACCUGGCCUCCCAAAUGAUGCGCGGCGCAAUCGUCAUGUCCACGGUUGCCCUGGAAGUGUUCGUCGUAAUCUACCAUUGCAACGAGAUUCUGGUGAGCGACACGCGACGCAUCGCCCCACGCGUCGCGGGUUUCAGCUGAGAGAACGUGGCGAGGAAGGCGAUUGGCUGUUGAUUCUGAGUGGUCAGCGAUUUCUGAACCUUCUCGUAGAGAUGGUCAUAUGUGGUCUUUGUCCCGUACCUGGUGAUUCUAGAAACAAAAAACCAGAUGUCAUAGCAUUUUUUUUCAUCUGAUGGAUGAUGAAAAUCUGACGAGAAAAUUCCCUUUUUUUUUGGCAUUUUUGUACAAAAAUUCAAAAAAUAACUAUAUUGCGUCAAGUUUGGACUGUAGAAAUUUACAAAAAAAUAAUAACUUUUUCUUGCAAUUUUUCUUAUAGAUUUACCUAAUUGUCAAGACUCCCCCUUAAUUAACUACAAAAUCCAGGAUCCGAUUAUUCUGACUGGGAAUAUUUUAAAGUUUCGAUAGAUCCCAGCUCGGUUGAAAUCAGACAGGUUCGGCUAGCCAUCACCGAUAACAACUCUCAAAAUCCUUGAAGGUGCCCGAAGACACGAUUUUCGCCGUUUUAAUGCUUUUGAGGUUCUAUCAAUUUACUCGAUUUUUGGUAUAUCACAGUCGUUUUUUUCAGGUCAGUUUUUGGGUUGAGAAAAGUUUUUUUUUCAAGACUUUGCAUAGUUUUCGUGCCUCAUCCUUCGAUAUGACUUUUCUUGGCUUUUUCCCUCACAGAUUAGGUUAAAGAAGCAUGAAAGAACAGAUUGAAAAGAGAUAGACAGGAGAGACUGCACCGAGUCGCGGUAAAUGGAGAAAUUACUUUUAUUCGUUUUAGCAUUCUGGAACACGUGCGGUUGCUGCCAUGAACAAGGUGACGAUCGACUCGACUUUCGUCUUUAAAACUUUGCUCGAAGAUCAGCCAAUCAAAACAUUGGUGACGACGAUCGUCGUCUUUUUGAUCGCCAUGGCUUGGGCUUUUACUCAAUUCGAAAGGUUUUCUUUCGCCUAAAACUAAUAACAAGCGCUGGAAAAAAAAAUUUAGGUGGUUUUUUGUGGACGAUCAAGUAGAGCACAUUGCGCGUAUCUACUACAUUUCGAUUUGGUUUGUCUGUGAGUUCGAAGGAACCGAGAAAACAAAUAUAUAAAAACACUCAAGGGAACACUUUCAUUCUAAACGGUUAUGGUGACAUUGUACCUAGGACGCAGGCUGGACGAAUUCUUUCCGUUGUUGUCGCUGUCUUUGUGAGUAAUUCUUCGAAAAUAUCAAAAGUGAGUUUAAAAAAAUGAACAGGGAGCCGUGGCCUCGUCGCUUCUGAUCGCCGUCGCCGCACAUCGGAUCGUCCAAUCAGAAGCUCAAAAAAACGUCAGCACCUUUCUUUUGGGGAACACCACGCAGGCUGAACUGCGGAAUACAGCCGCUCUGGUUUCAAACCAAAUAGAGAUUUAAAUCCAAAAGAUAACAUUUCAGGUGAUUCAAUGCGCGUAUCGAAAGUACAUGGUGCGAUAUUCUUCAAGUUGGAAACGACACAAGCAGAGAAAACAACUUUGGAACGCGAUUGAAACAGUUUCGGCAAUGUUUUUGCUUUCGACAACUUCUUAUUUGAAGAUUUCGCGACGCGAAAAACGCUGUCGAAGUGAACAGUCCGGAGCAGACCGAUGUGAAGCAAAUCUUGCAGGUUGGUUUUUCAAAACAUUCAAAAGGGAAAAUCAAUUUUUUUAGGAACCCAAAAAGAAACACUUUUUUCUUAGAAACUUUGUGAUUUUCUAAAAACUGUUUAGAAGAAUCUUCUACAUACUGGAAAGGUUUUUUUUAAAAAUUACGUACAGGUUCUCCACUUUUUCUGAUUAAAAAAAAUUGGUCUCAAAUUGUCUUUUUUUCUUGCAACGACCUUCGAAGUUUGUAGUGAUCAAAUAAUCGAAGUAUGUUGAAAAAAAUGAAAUUGAUAAUUUUUCAUGGACAGUUUCAAAAGUAUAUAAUGGGAAACAUGUCCUUGUUUGAGAGUUUUUUUAAAGAAAUUUAAUUGAGAUGAAAAAGUUUUUUAAAAAAGGUCGAUUAUUUUCGAUUUAAAAAAAACUUCCCAAUAACUUCAGUUGGGUUCAUCACAAAUCUCAAUUUACAGAUGAUACGUGAGAUGAGAGAAACACUGGCAAGGGUGACCGAAGACAAUCGUUUGAUGAGAAAACAUUUGGAGGUGAUGAGGAAAGGCAGUCGACUGGAAUCGGGGUCGAAGUCGACAGAAGAAAUGAGACUGAGCAACAUCAAGAGAAGGGAAGGAAUGUCGUCGGCGAAGACUUUACCGACUUCAGGACCUCGUCUCGAGAACAGACUCUCUCCGGCCCCUGUGACCAAUCCCCAGGUUUCCCCCCUCAUGUCUCCGCCGAAAAUGAGCCAUCCGAAGAACAACUCCGAUGAGAACAGAUCUCCAGCCUUGGCUCGCCAAAUGAGAAACAUGAAGACUCCUUCUCGAGAAAAACCGUCUCCGGCAGUGAACAGACCCAGAACAAACUCUUUGGAAGAACACAAGACCCAAAAGACGAACGUCUCAAGCAAAGAGCGAAAACUCUAA